AUGACUCAAAGGGAGGCAGAGUUAGAGCUCAUCAUUGCGCUGAAGAAUCUCGCACACCUGACGUUCUUCAAAUGGCGUGGUCAUCCAAAUGUUGUUAUCGCUAAGAAGGAGCCUGACGGCGAGGAUGUGUGGACCUCACUCACACAGUGCAGAAACCUUAAAGAGAUUGACGCACUCGAGAGUUUCAUGGACAACCCACCUUAUCCGAUAUGGGGCGGCGCAAUUUUCAGACUAUCAAAUCUGACAAGCUUUGAAUAUUGGACUGCCGUCGACGGUAUUGCACCUGACCUGUACGGAAUUGACACCCUCGGGAUCAUGCUGCGCGAAAACUGCCCAAAGCUGCAGAAACUAUAUGUAGGCUUCUCGUGCCAAGGCGAGGAUACCGUGGCGAACGUGGAACGUUCUAUCAUGAGUGGACGAUGGCCCGAUUUGCACUCGUUGCACCUCGAGUGGGCUGCCUGCUCCCCUUCCGCCGCAGUCUCGUUCCUUGCCGCCCACCCGCAAAUAACGGAUCUCUCCAUCGACGAAUUCAUCGGGUCCACAGCGACCGCCGAGGGACUACCGCUAGACUGUCCGCCAGAGCUCUUACCUAAUAUUAAGACACUCGAAUGUACAACGUCUCAAGCAGCUGAUAUUCUCUCUUCCGCAUCUUCCCAGCCACGCCCUCUCGAGCACCUCUCACUCAUUGACCUUCCGUUCAGUUCUCGCCAAGCGGAGUUUCUGGUAGUUCUUACCCCGUUGAUGUCUAUCCGAACUCUGCAGUUUCGGUACACCUUCUCUACCGAAGCUAUCGCUCGUGUAGCAGAAGCAGCACCAUGGCUCCCGCGGUUGCAAAUCGGCAACAGCUCCUGGCUGUUGUCCUCAUGCAGAGAUCCACAGACGAAGAAGCGUUGGCAGAAACUGCUCGAGCCCUUCUUCCAUCUGGAAGCACUAGAUAGCGCUGAGGGAGAUGUGCUGGAUGCCAUCCGUGGUCCGUUGCCUUCCACGGACUGUGGUGGUCCUUGUUAA